CUGCAAAAGUCUUUUCGUCUGUUUAUUUCGGUGCGAAUACACGUGUGUUAUUUUUUUAAUUUGUAUUUUUGAAUUCGUUACGAAAUGAAUUUUGUGCCUUGUUUGACAUGGAUUCCACAAGGAGUGGCAAAAUCUAAACCUGAUAAACUCCAACUGUCGCCAGAAGAAUUGAAAAAGAUAGUUCAAGAAACAAAAGAUAUUUGCGGAGAAAACUGUGAUAUUGAAGAGGAAGACGAAGAAGAUUUUUCAGGUGAAGAAUGUGAAACAUCAGACGUAAAUGAUGAUCAGGAUAAAGAUGAUAGUGAGGAAGAUAUUGAUGCCAAAUAUGAUUUAGACACAUAUGAUAAUGAUGAAGAUCGUCCAUUUUUCAAUAUAGCUGAUGUAGCAGUGCACGUAGAUAACAAAGAUGACAAUUAUUUGAUUGACCAUGAUGCGGAACGAGAAGAUGAAGAAGAAGAGGAGGAAAAUUUUACUAUAAAAGAUACUGAUAAUCUUCUAGUUGUUGGCCAUGUUGAAGAGGAAAGUUCUGUAUUAGAAAUAUAUGUAUACAACAAAAAUGAAGAGUCACUAUAUGUGCAUCAUGAUAUAGUGCUUCCCUCAUACCCACUGGCAUUAGAAUGGUUAAAUUUUGAUCCUUCAGAAGAUAAAACUGGUAAUUAUUUAGCUGUGGGUGAUAUGACACCCGUAAUCAAAAUCUGGGAUUUAGAUGUUAUUGACAUAUUAGAACCAGACUUUUCACUUGGGAAGAUCUCAAAAAAGAAGUCCAAAGUUAGCAUGAAUUCCCAUUCUGAUGCUGUGCUAAGUCUUAGCUGGAAUAAGCUUGUUAGAACUAUUUUAGCUAGUGGUUCAGCUGAUUCUACCAUAAUUUUGUGGGAUCUUCAAGAAGGAAAAGUUUUGAAUCGACUUGAAUAUCAUACUAAUAAAGUACAAUCCAUACAGUGGCAUCCAUUUGAAAGUCCUUUUCUCCUGUCUGGCUGUACAAAUGGGCUUAUAAAAAUAUAUGACUGCCGAUCCCCAGAUACUGAGUUUAAAUCAUGGGAAGUUGAUGGUGAAGUUGAGAAAGUUGCCUGGAAUUUAUUUGAUUCAUUUAAAUUCUUCUGUUCAACAGAUAAAGGCUGUGUGUACAGAAUGGAUAUGAGAAAGCCUGACACUGAACUCUGCGUUAAAGCACACAAUGAAGCUGUCACUGGUCUUGAUAUGAGUCCAUUGUACCCUAAUACUUUAGUAACAGGAAGUAUGGACAAAACAGUUAAACUAUGGAACAUUGAAAAUGAAAUGAACCUUAUCAAAUCUCAGAAACUAAAAGUGGGUUCUAUAUAUACUGCAAGAGUUGCAUCUGAUUUGAAGCUUACUGUGGCAGUUGGUGGAAACAAUGCAUCAAAUAGUUUAAAAAUAAUUGAUUUUGCACAAGAUUCUGAAGAUAUUAAACCAUCUAUAAAACUGGAACAAACUACAGCCCUUGAAACACAAGCAACUUCAAAUGUGGCUACAAGCAUUAGAAAAGCUGAUGAAAUGAAUUUUUUUGAUAUUAAACCACAUAAAAAGAAAAUAAAGAAAGAAAAAAAUUAAUAAUUUA